AUGCCCAUGAAAGACGGGUCAGCGUUGAUUGGCCAGCUCUGCUGUCGGUCUGCGCCGAUUGGCUGCCGGCUGGUUUCCCCGGCUGCGGGCAGGCCCCGCCCCUGGAGGUCCGGGAAGAGCAGUCGGGCGAGAGGAUGGCGGCUGACGAGGCAGUUCCAGCUGACUGUGCCCGUCUCGGUGGUCUUUGCCAAGGGGGCUCUGCCAGGAGCUCAGUGGAGGAGACUCCCUUUCACAGACACACAGGAGGAGGAGAGCCUGUUAAACCCAAAAACAAGCGUUACGGCCCGCUAUGAGACGACUUAUCGGAGUGCGACCGCCACGGAGCAGGCAGCCUUGGCCAUGGCCACCGUGCAAGAGGCAGACGCUGAGCUGCUCCCGCUGCAGGAGGACUCGGUGGGCGCUCUGACAGUAUACGUGAUCCCGGAAACCUCCCUUCUCCUGCCUCAGGGCAUUGGUGUGUACGUCGGGAAGCACCGUAGCGCCGUGAUGAGGCGUACGCAGGGCCCAGGGGAUGUCCUGGCUGCCAUUAGUGACCGGGUGCGGCAGAUUGUGCAGGCCAUGUCCUUCACCACCGACUCCAUCACCACCGCCUUGUCUGAUCGCGUCCCCAUGGACCAGCUCGGCACGGACACGAGGCGCCCGUUCAAAUCCAGCCUGGGGUACGAGAUCACCUUCAGCUUAUUGAACCCAGACCCCAAGUCCCAUGACGUGCACUGGGACAUCGAGGCAGCUGUCAACAGCUACGUGCAGCCCUUCCUCGACAAGCUGGGCUCAGUGGCCAACUUCUCAGUGGACUCCCAGAUCCUGUACUAUGCCGUCCUGGGGGUCUCGCCCCGCUUUGACAAGGCCUCCUCCAGUUUCAUCCUGAGCGCGCUCAGUCUCCCCCACGUCAUUAACCCGGUGGAAGCCAGGCUGGGUUCCAGCGCCACUUCGCUCUACCCCGUGUUGAACUUCCUGCUGUACGUGCCAGAGCGCGUCCAUUCCCCUCUCUACAUCCAGGACAAGGACGGCGCCGCGGUGGGGACCAACGCCUUCCACAGCCCCCGCUGGGGUGGGAUCAUGGUGUACAACAUCGACCACCCAGCUCCUGACAAGGCCCCUCUCCCGCUUCGGGUGGACGUGGACAUGGUGCGAGUGAUGGAGGUGUUCCUGGCCCAGCUACGGUUGUUGUUUGGGAUCUCCCAGGUGCCGCUCCCAGAGGAGUUCCUGCUGGAGAGCCCUGGGAACAAGGGGCUGACUGACUGGGAGCUGGACCGCCUGCUGUGGACCCGGACGGUGGAGAAUAUCGCCACGGUGUCCACCACCCUCACCUCCCUGGCCCAACUGCUAGACAAGAUCGGGAACAUCGUCAUCAAGGAUGAUGUUGCUUCUGAGGUAUACCAUGCAGUAGCCUCCGCGCAGACCGCCAUGCUGGAGCUGGCCUCUGGCCGUCUGGGCUCAGCAUUCCAGGCCAGUAAAGAGGCGGUCACCUCCUCGGAGCGGGCCUUCUUUGACCCUUCGCUGCUGCAUCUCCUCUACUUCCCUGAUGACCAGAAAUUUGCCAUCUACAUUCCACUCUUCCUGCCGAUGGCGGUGCCCAUCCUGCUGUCCCUGGUGAAGAUCCUCCGGGAAGCCAAACAGAGCAAGAAGGAGCCCAUGAAAACUGACUGAGCCUGUCUGCAGCUGCCCCAUGGGGCAGGGGAGCUCAGAGCCAGCUCGUGACAGCCUGUCUGUGUAGGAACAGUCCGGGCCCAGUUAAAGGGCUUGGACUCAGAUGAUUCUUCAUGAAUCCUGGAAGAGUGGAAAGUCUGGCAGAAAUAGGGUGUUGGGUCAGAAACCGAGGCUUAGCCCCAGCACGGCCACUUCCCAGCAUGAAGCUCUUGGGUUCGCCUUUGCCUUUACCUAGGGGGUUAGCAGGGACUCCUAUGCUGCAGCUAGGCCCCUGCGGCUGGCCCGGGCCAGCCAACUCCGGCUAAGGGGCUGUUUCAUUGCGGUGUGGUUCUUUGGGCUUGGGCUGGAGCCCGGGCUCUAGGACCCUGCAAGGUGGGAAGGUACCAGAGCGUGGGCUCCAGUCCAAGCCCCAAUGUCUACACCUCAAUUAAACAGCCGCUUAGCAAGAGCCCCACAAGCCCGUCAGCUGGCCUGGGCAGAUCUCCGCCAAGGAGUGCAGAGUGGCUACAGCUGCGAGUGACUGGCAGUCUGUGCAAAAUGCCCCUGCAGGCUGGGUCUAAGGUGGAUGAGCUCGGGCCACUUCUGCUUUUUCUAGUUACUGCAGCCAGCUCCACCACCAGACAGCAGAGGAGGCAGUUUGGGGUUCCCUGGGUAUGAGUCAAGCUUGCACUCCCCACACGGUGCCUGGAUGAAGGGGCUUUCCUUUGAGUCGGAAGGAUUGGGAGAUGCUCUGGAGACUGUCCUCUGAGUGCUUCAGCAGCCUGAAGUGCACCCUUCCAGCCCAGCCCCUACAUGGCGUGCCCCUGGGGCUGCCUAGCUUAGCGGGAGUGAGACCUGUGGGGCACCUUCCUUUUAUUCCUGUUGAGAGCCUUGGUAUUGGCAGGGUCCCCUCUACGUGCACUGGACCCGGGUCCCUCCCCUUGUGAGCUGUUAAUCCACAAGUGUGACCCUGCCACCUUCCCCAACGUAGGGGGCAUAUACAGGCCAGCCUGGGCCUGUGCAUUGGGGCAGCACUUCCUCACAGUGGCUGCAGCAGGUGAGUGCUGCUCAUCCUUCAGGGCCGUUCAGAAAGUGGCUCUUGGGUUUCUUAGCUUCCUGCCACGGCUGGCAGCCUGUGGGUCUCUGUGAGGGGAGCCUGGGGCCCUGUUUUGCAGGUGGGCUGGGGGGGGGGGCAGACGUGAGAGUGAUGCACUGAUCAAUGCUGAACAAAACAAGGUUUCUUUUUAAUAAAAGUAAAAGCCAGACUCUGCUGAGAGGCAGCGUUCCUUUCCUGGGAAUUCAAGCAGCCUGUGCCACCCUGGCUGGCUUGGAGCUUCUCAGGGUGGCCCAAGCCAGUGCAGCUCUCUCACGGGAUGGCUCCUGUGUAUGUCAGCCUGGGAGGGUUUCCUGUCAGAUGGGCUAGGUUCUGGGAAAUCCAGUGUGGAGAGUGUUGUGCUGCUCACCCUGGCCAUCUGCCUCGCUCCAGUCUCUCUCCCUCCCAGCAUGUCUGUCCGUCUGUCCUUCCCAAUGGGAAGGACCUUGCUGCUCUGUGCUGUGGGAGAGGGUGCUGCAGGGAGCUAGACCCUGCUGGAAGCUGUCCAGUUCUGUCCCAGCUCAGUGGAGCAAGAGCGGAAGCAUUUGCUGGGCAUUGGGCUGGCUGUGGGGAAGUGCUUCCCUGGAGAUGAGAGCAGGGCCUGAGAGUUUCUACACUACUUGCUUGUAUCUCAGGAGCUGCAACCAGUGGUUCCAGGGACCUUGCAACAGGAUGGGCCUGGUCUGUGGGCAAGAAAACCAGGGUGAAAGGACAGUUCCCUGACCUACCACAGAGCACCAGGUACCACACACAGUAGGCCUAGGUGCCCUGACUGUGCAGUUCUCCACAUUCUACCAGGCAAUGGCAAACUCCCCACCACGGCCAAUCCGGGGUGGAACAUGCUCAGCACUAGAUUCUUUCUUGACUCCCAAAGAGUGCCUGAUUCCUCCGAAGUGUGACCAUGACCUCCCUGUCCAUUGACAAAAUUCUGUGCCAGCGUCCCACUUCUGCCUAAAUACGUCAGUGCUGCUUGGCUCUCCCUCCUCUGCCGGGAGCCCCGUUAUCUGUAACAGCCCCCUUCAGUACCUCUAACAUAACCCUUUGCCUCCUUGCUACGGUCUCGGGUUUUCAAGCUUCAUGUGUGAGCCUUAGCUUGCUGCCUGCCUUGGUUAUAUUCUCUCUGCACUAAUAGUCCGAGCUGUGUCACUCUCCGAAGCCCCGCCCCUUCCUUUCCUUUCCUCUCCUCUCUCUAUGCCCCAGGCUGCAGGCUCUCCACCCUAACUAAGCGUCCUUUAAAUGGGCAAUCACAGCAGGCACUUCCGAGGCACCAAGCAGUGCUCUAGACUAGAGAGUCUUGUUUGGUUUGGUUUGUAGCAUGAAAUCCUCUUGAUAUGUCAGCAAGUAGAUCCCUCUCCUCGUACGCUCUGACUGUAAUAACCACGCUGGUCUGCUUCCCUUAUCCAGCAAGUUUACCCUGAGAGUGGCAGCUGCAUCAGGCAAGGUGUCUCCAAACACUGCUGUUGGGUCAGGGCUGUUACUUAUCUAAGGCUGUGAAUACAUUGCCACUUUCAGCGCUAAAACUUCAGUCCUUCAGGGGUGUGAAACAAAAGUUUUAGCGCUGAAAAGCACCAGUCUAGACAGCGCUUUAUCGCUGGGAGCCGCACCUGGCCAUAAAGCUACCAGCGCUUGUUCGCGGUGGUUAUUUUUUAUCGCCAGGAGAGCUCGCCCCUGGUGAUGAAGCGCGACUGCGCUGCCCUGGCUGCUGUAAUGUGGGCAGUGUAGACACCCUAACUACCCCUGUUGAGUAUGACUGUACUAAGGUGUAAUGAGGGGCACUGGGGCUUCAGCCAUGGGCAGCAGCUCCUACUAGACCCCUCCCCCGUUACUCCACUACCCCCCACCUCAAUCCACCCCCUGCUGUAUCAUUCUGGGUCCCCUCACCCAGUUUUGCUAACACCUUGACCUGCUGUACCUCUUACUGUUCCCUCUGGACGGGGACUGAGCGUCCUAGGCAGAGUGAGUUUUCAUGUGUCUGCUAUGUUCCAGGCUCAGACAUUGCUACUUUGAGAAGCCGUGUUUCCAAAAGCCAGCCCCCCCUCUGUUUCCGUAAUGGGGAAGGCUGGGAGAGGGUAGGGUGACUUGGAUCAGCAGCAAUGCGGUGCAUUUCCAUUAGUCUGAAGUGUUGGGUGUUAGUCUAGAACGGAGCUAACUCCUCUCGCCUGGGCUGACCCAGCGGCAGUAUUUUAACAGACUUCUAGCUUCUUCAUACAAUUUAGCCGUUGAAAAUGAGGAGCCAACGCCACGUACCCCUCACUUCAGUGCGGACCCCCAGCAAGUGCUUUUUGAACUGCAGCAUGAUGCUGUGUGGCCUACGCGGUCCCUGCAGCUGCAGUAUCUAAGCCCAGGCCAAGUCCAGUGCUGGGGCUAGCUGAACUGGUAAAGGAGCCAGUGUUUGUGUGUACCUUGAAAUAGUGUGAAAUACCUAACCUGCACCUACCUCUUCUUUAUUCUUUAAAACUUGCACCUUCUGCUAGUCUGGACUGACAUGAUGUAUCCACCUUAAUUAUUCCUAUUAAAUCUUAGGGAAUGCC